AUGGAUCUGAAAUCGAUGCUGAAUGACUCUUCCUCGCAACGACAGCCGCCUCCUCGUCUGCACACAGCUCAGUCCUUCGAUCGAACCACAGCUUCUACGCCUUCCCAUGAAUCCUAUCCCGACCGAUCGCAGUCGCAUCCGCAGCCUGCAUCCGCGACCGAAUACCGAUCACCUGCCAAUGGCUCCUAUUUCGCGCUUCAAUCACCGCUCCAGCAGAAUUCUCCGCCAGCGGUCACCCCAGGCGUAACGGGACUCCCGGUAUAUGCGCAGAGCCCUGGGCCUCAUGGACAAUCACACACGCCUCGUGAAGGGAUCCCGUCUUCAUAUCCAUACCAGUCGUCGUUUGUCCCCUCGCCGUCGCUUGCGCAGCCGCCAACGCCUGGAUCAGCCCACCAUUAUCAAACACCAUCUUCCGCUGCUACUUAUCAUCAUCCGGGAGCGCAUCCUGCUUUCACGACGCAGUCACCCAGAGAAGACGCGUCGUCCUCGAAUGGCAGCGCACAGCCGGGCUCUCGACAUUUGUCUCCGCAAGCUCCAUUUCACCCUCCCCCUGCGCCAGUGACACCCUUGGGACCUCCAGUCUUGUAUCCUCGUCCUUCUCCUUACCAGCAUAGACCACUAUCGCAGGGCCAGGAGGGCUUCAGGAGAUUGUCUGCGAGCUCUGUUGGCUCUACGCAGAGCAGGGAAUACAAUCACUUGGUCCAUGGGCAGUCGGAUCAUUCCCGAAGCGGAAGCGUACAAAGAACCUAUUCCGGCGAAAUACGGGAGCGAGAACGAAGCAUAGAAAGCGUCAGCCCAAAAACAAUCCCGCGACCCUCUCCACAACGUCGAGAGAGUGCGUCGCUGGCAGAAGACAUAAGGUCGGGGUUCCAUUCUACACCGCAGGCUCCGUCUGAUCAAGGUUCGAACAUCAUGCCUCACGACGCGCCUGAGCGAACUGGCGAGGAAAAUCGCCACACUAUGACUCCAAAGUCGGCCUCGACACUAGCGGAAGUGAGAGCCACUUCGCUUCCUCAAAUGUUACGACCAAGUCCGGAUACAGCAGCGGUGGACAAUAUGACGCCGCAGUCCACACACACCCCUUUCUCCGCUCACGCAAGUCCUCCAGCAACAGUUCAACCUACGCUGAAGCGGAGUGCGAGCCGCAUAUCUAGUGCUAAUGCUACUCCACAGCCACCGAGGAAGCGAUUGAGACGGGAUGAGAUUCCGAUUUUUGCUCGCAGCGCACGAACUAGACCUUUGAAGUUCAUCAAGGCACCGGCAGUGAUCUCAUCACUGAGGAAUCAGACCCCUGUCAAGAAGGAAGCGGUAGGGCACCAAACCCCGAAUGGUCAGGCCCAAAAUGAACCCCAAGGCGUGGCUCAAGAUUCAGCUCCAGGCCCGGCUCCGGCUGCAGCAGCCACAUCUCAAGACGAACUCCCGUGGGAGCCAUGCAUCACUAACGUCAUUCCCUACGAGGAUCUGUCGCGCAAAGUCUCUGAUUGGAUUUUCAAGACAAUUGGGAUGGCCAAUUCACCCGUGGGCGGCGCAAUGUUCGAGAUUGAGGCAAAGGUUGGCUCUAUUGUUGACGAACAAACUGGGUACCGCUUGAGUCUACCAGUCGAGACGGAAGCGCUCUUCAAUCGUGACAAGUUUAGGGGCAGGACCAGCUUUCAGAGUUCGAUGGACAUGGCCCAACACCGACUUCUCAACACCUUCCUCAACUCUCUAGUUGAGGAGUCGAUGCGUGAAUCACAGAUAUCCGGUCGUCAGGUGAUUGGUUACGAUCAUCCUCACGAAUACGACGAGUUUUAUGAGUUGACCGACGAAGGCCGAAGAAACCUGGCACCUAGCAUACUAACGUGGCUCAACCCGCGACACAAGCCGCGUGUGCGCAGAACAAUUGACGAAACAACCGGCGGGGUCAAGGCACAGAUCAUCAAGUCCCGGAUUGCAGACAUCGAUAUUUAUAACCCAGGAUCAGAUUUCGACUACAGGAUCUCCAUCUCCAUCGAAAGUCCAUGGGAAGGAGAGCCGCACUGGCUGUCGGAGAUGACAGAUGGCGGGCGUGACCGAAAGAAAGAUCGGAUGAGCUAUAGGCAUAUGGCGUAUCAGAUUGACCUCACUCAAGUGAGCUAUCCGAACAGACCAGAGAAGGAACAUGAAUUGGAGGUUGAAAUCAGCACGGAGCAGAUCCGCAUCCAGCUUGCAAACUUGCGAGAGGGUCGACCUAGUAGGUAUGAGGAUCUCGUUCGAGGGUUUCUGGACAACGUGAGGAUCUUGUGCCGAAAGGGCACCGUCAACAAGGUCCGUUGA